UUAGAGAGGGGAUCUGCAUUGUAAGUAGCUCUGAGAGCAGCAAGUGGUGGCUGUUUUUCAACCUGUUUUUGUUUUCCUCGUGGAGGCGGAGAACAAGAAGAAGAAAGAGAAGAACCAGGCAGAAGAGCACUGAUUUGAAAAGUCUGAGUUGCGUUUAAGAAAAAGAGCUGAGGGAGGAGAAGGGAGGAAAGAAGCCGGGAGGAACACAAGGUAGCAAUGGAUAGUAGAGUGGCUCAGCCUGACCCUGGGAUGGCCUGGAUUCACACACUGCUGCUGGCCACCAUCCAGCUCACACACUAGGCUGCUAACACCAAUGAGCUCCUAUGUGUUCGUUCAGCCAUGCUCCCUGGGUAUGGACUCUCACCUUUUCCUGAUUUCCAGCCCCACCUUUACGCUUUUCACUGCCGAGGAGAGAGUCCCAGCAUGUGGAUCCCUGGCUCAGGAGAUUCCCAGGUUCUCAGCGAGGCCCAGGAGGACAGGCCUCUCCUCCUACCGUGCCACCACAAGCAUGUUGCUGUGUGCCAGCAGGAAACAUUGGCUUUUAUUGAGCUACAACCACCAGUGACUCCUAAACUAAACGGUCUUGGUUCUCCAAGGUCAACUGUUAUUCCAGACGCACAAUGCACAACACACUCCCCACCCCUGAACGGCUUCAGACACACACUAAAUGAACUAAACGACAUGCAGAACGGCUGCCAUAGGACAGACAGUAAGCAUGAAACAACGUUGAAUUUGAGCUCUCAUACACCUGUGUGUGACGGUGAGCUUGAAUGCCAUAAUGGCACCAGGACUUCUUUGCAGGAACAAACUGAAAAGCCUCGUGCUGUCACAACAGUGUGUCGUCCUCUCCACGCCGCCCUUAGCCUCCCCCUGUCGUUCCCUCUGUCCUCUCUAUACACAAACAGAGACUCCUGGGAAUCUCAGUUACCUUGUUCACCAUCCUCCCCUGAAGGUCCUGGGGUUCAGAGCCCAGACUCCUGCCAACCACAGAGAAGGACAUCACAUGGUUCACUAAAAGAGAAGUCUAUCCGGCGAAAGAUGCAGGUCUAUUCCCCAGACAGCCCGAGCGAUGAAUCUCUCAGCAGCCCAAUCCUGGACGCAGACUACAUUUUCCCAGGACCUUUUGCAUCUUUCCUGGAGGAGGACCUUAGUGGAUUAUCUUCCCUGGAGGCCAUUUCAAGUCCUUCAUCCACAGACGGUGUUACAGAUCUCCCAGACCUCAGUCACGAUGAUAUUUUUCAUCUAUCUGCAGAACCACUGCAUAUAAUAGAGGACCCGAUCCCAGGGGUGGGGGAAGAAAGGAAGAGUGCAGAGACAUCAAAUGCCACAGGAGGGAGCUUUUUGUCACGGAGCCGUCAAGGAGAUCAAGAACGGCGGCGCUUCUCAGCUUCAGAACUGAUAUCUAGACUCCAGCUGUCUCAAAGGAAGAGCUCCUUCACCUUGAAGUUGGGGAAGUCGCUGUCUGCACGGGUGGCCUCCCGGGACAGACAGAGCUCCAACAGCCUCAGCCCCAAUCUGGACUAUAAGUCCAACUCAAGGUACCGCAGCUCAGGAGGUUCUAGUGAUAGCGCUCCCCACAGUCCUAUAGGACCUGCACCGACUCUUCCCAGUAAUGACAAUGGCAUGCCUUUGCAUCGGUGGAGCACAAAACUUGGAAUGCGAAAGAAAUCCCUAGAGGAGGACUUUGGCACACUUCCAACUGUUGCUAGUUCAAAUCGCUUAUCACGGUUUUUGCCUAGCUCAAUUCUGUACCAGGAAUACAGCGACGUCGCCAUCAAUAGAGAGAUCCAGAGGCAGCAAGGGAAGGAGCCAGGCACAGAGGAUGAGGGGCUCAGGGAUGAGGAGUCGGACGGGACCCCUUCCCCUUCUAAUCUGUCUCCAUCCAGCUCCUUUCGCUCAUCACGCGGCUCUGCUUUUGCACUGUGGCAGGACAUCCCGGAUGUUCGAAGCAGCGGUCAGCUCGACAACUUCAGCAAUGAGGAAAGGAAAUUACAGGAGGCAAAGUUUGAGCUGGUGACGUCUGAGGCAUCGUACAUUCGCAGUUUGACGAUCGCAGUGGACCACUUCAUGUUGUCGCAGGAGCUUGCCGAGUGUCUUGGAGCUCAGGAUAAGCAGUGGCUUUUCUCCAAGCUGCCCGAAGUCAAAGAUGUCAGUGAGAGGUUUCUUCAGGACCUGGAGCACAGGCUGGAGGAAGACAUUCUGCGAUUUGAUGUGUGCGACAUUGUCCUAGAGCACUGCCCAUCUCUGCGAAGGGUUUAUUUACCUUAUGUAACCAACCAGGCUUACCAGGAGCAGACGUACCAGCGUUUGCUGCACGAGAACCCUCGUUUCCCCAGCAUCCUGGCUCGUUUGGAGGAGGACCCCAUCUGCCAGAGACUUCCCCUGACCUCUUUUCUAAUCCUCCCGUUUCAGAGGAUCACACGGCUUAAAAUGCUGGUGGAGAAUAUCUUAAAGAGGACAACACCUGGCUCCCGAGAUGAGGACACUGCCACAAAAGCUUUCAAUGAGCUAAAAAAGAUCAUCAAAGAAUGUAACUCCAGUGUGCAGUCAAUGAAGAGGAUGGAGGAACUUAUUCACCUCAAUAAGAAAAUAAAUUUUGAGGGAAAGAUCUUUCCUCUGAUCUCUCAGUCCCGCUGGCUGGUGAAACAUGGCGAACUCCUGGAAGUGGACACGCAGACGAUGAGUAUUUCUGGAUCAAAGCUCAAGUUACCCACUAAGCCUGUGUACCUCCACCUGUUCAAUGACUGUCUCCUGCUGUCCAGGAGGAAGGAUACGUUGAAGUUCAUGGUAUUUGUACAUGCCAAGAUAGGAGAGCUGAAAGUUAAGGAUCUCAGUCAGAAGCUGCAGGGCAUCUCAGGUUUCAUCUUCCACCUGCAGCUGUGUGAAGGCCAGCAGCUUAAACACCAGAUCCUGCUCAAGUCACACACUGAGAGCGGGAAGCAGAGAUGGAUCACAGCAAUGUUUCCAUCUGAUCCGCUGGAAGACAUCGAGCAGGCCAGUGAGAAUGAGGAUAUAUCCCAAGUUCAGUGCAUCAAAAGCUAUCAGGCCCAAGAGCACGAUGAGUUAACACUGGAAAAGGCUGACAUUCUUCAUGCUAAGACCAUUACAAGUGAUGGCUGGGUGGAAGGCAUCAGGCUGUCUGACGGGGAACGGGGCUGGUUCCCCAAAACCUACGUGGAGGAAAUCACAAGUCGCAGCGCACGCCUCCGCAACCUCCGAGAAAAUAUUCGCAUCAAAUGUGUCACGCAAAAACUGGAGGGGGAAGACUAAUCAUUGCAACAUGUCGCAGGUCAAAAGUGCAUUUCAGUUGUUAAGUUGCAUUUGUUAAGCUUCUGGAUCAUCUUAAUUUUAGAUGGAUGUGGGACUUACAUAUAGUAUGCAGGUACUAAAACCAGUCAACAUUGCUGACUGUUCUUUGCAUUGGUUGCUAAACUGUGUAUCAGCAUAUUCCUUUAGCAUGCUAGCUGUGAAUACAGUUUUGAAAUGAGAGUGCAAAGCUUUUAAUGCCCCUUUACAUUUUUAAGUUGGACAGGCUUUUAUACAACAAGAGUCUAUUGACAACAGUUUUAACAGGUUUGCCACACUAAAGUUUCUAAACUUUGUAGGAGUAAUUACUGUAUGCAUGCUUUCUAUGAAUGCAUUUCAUUACCAAUUUUAAAGUCUGAGAAAACUUUCAAGCAUCUCUGUAGUAAGUGUGGUAUACAUGCAUGCGCGGUAACCAUCACAGGUAGUAAACGUACUACAUAUCUCGGUUCCUGUCAGAGGAGAACAGUGGAACAAGUUUGUCAUUGCAUUUUUACUUCAGUCGGGUCUCAAGUGGCCAGAAUUCCAAAUUUGAAUUAUCUCAUGAAGUCAACUGAGCACUGAGGUGCAAGAGGUUCAUUCAUGGAAUAUUACAACAUCAGAGAAAACGCUUGAGGCAGAUCCUGCUGCUGAGCUGCAUCAGCACACAUCAGAGGCCUUUAAUCUUUUCUUUGUUCACACUGUGUGCUGCUUUAAUUUCAGAAGGCAGACGAGGAUUUGCUCUGUUGUACUUAUUUAACAAAAAUGUACACUAGUUAGGAAAAGAAAUGAAUGCCUGUGUUUAGUCCAUCCAAUAUCUGAUGCAUGCAUCAGUGUGCCACAGUUCAUUUCCACCCAUGUACAAAAAGAUGUGGAUUGUUAAAACAUCCUCGCCUCUUUCUUAUAGAGGACACCCUCCCUGCGUGUACUGCAAAUGGUCUGUAGUAACAAUUUUGACCUAUAAAAUGGUGGUUUAAUUAUUUUUAAAGAAGAUUUUCACAAUUCUACUGUAACAUAAAUGAAGGACAGACUAUCCUCUUUACAAUGCUGCACUACACAAAUACUUUUUAUUCUGUUAGUGCUCUAAUCUGAUUAGAGGAUUGGGUCGACUAUAUUCUAUAUUUUUAUUAUUGUCAACAAAGUCCAUGAAAAGACCGAAACCAUUCACCAACUGAUCCAACUGAUGUGCUGAGUGUGUAACCAAAGCUUAGAGCUUAUUCUUAUGUGCCAGAGUUGAUUCCACAUACCCGUCCUACUGACGUAAAUGCUGACUAAAGCACCAAAUGUGUAUUAAUUUACAGAUGAAAAUAGUCCCCAACAAAUGCACUAUUUACUCCUAAAAACUACAGCAGCCAGCUGUUUAGGGAACGGUUUAGCCUUUUUUUUAGGGGAAGGUAUAUAUUAUUGACAAUUUAUGACAUUUUUAAAGAUCUCUGCGCGGUGGUCCAGUGGUUAGCACUGUCGCCUCACAGACCUUGGUCGUUCCUGGCCUUUCUGGAGUGGAGUAUGCAUGCUCUCCCCGUGCCUGCGUGGGUUCGCUCCGGUGCUUCCUCCCACCAUCCAAAGACAUGCGGACUAGGUGGCUCUAAAUUGUCCCUAUGUGUGGCCCUGCGAUGGACUGGCGGCCUGUCCAGGGUGCCUUUCGCCCAACGUCAGCUGGGAUUGGCUCCAGCCCCCCGCGACCCUGUACGCAGGAUAAGCGGUUGACAAUGGAUGGAUGGAUGUCUUCAGUAGGUAUGAGUUGGGUUUUGGGCUGAGGUUGGACAUUGUUGGUUUUUGUUUAGUUUUUAGGGUAAUUGACAGUAAGAAAAAUAUGAGAUAACACCAGCCUUGUCCUUUAGAAACCAGGAAAUGGACAUGUAUAAAAUUCACCUUGAGAUGCAUUUACAUUGGUUAUCUCUAGCUUCAUAUGUACCAAUUUCAAAGCUUUGAGCUACAGUUUAGCCCCAGCUGAAUAAAAGAUAGACAUCAUUGUAUUGCAAUAAUCAUGCAGGAUCAAGUAAUACUGUCAUACACUAAGCACUGAAUUACAUUUAGGCCAAUACUAUCCACAGUGUUCCCCUCAUUAAGUGUAAAAAUCCCCAAAUGACCCUUAGCGCAGUGUAACUGCUGCUAAUGAACCACUAUAAUCAACAUUCAAAUGUAAACUCUUCCAAUGGCACAUGAAAUGUUUAUAACCCUUUUUUCUAUAUCUGCAUUGUUAGUUGUAAUUUAAGUGGUUGCUGUUGCAGCAUGUGUAUUUAUACUCCUCUAGCUGGUUGUUCUCUAAGGAGAUUCUGAUGUAAAUGUACUUUACUGUAGAUUGCUUUAUGUAUAAAGAGUAGAAAAUGGUUCAUUUCCUUUUAUGACUGUAAUUUAUAUGAACAAACAUUUUACAAAUAUUAUUACAUUCCAUAAUUCUAAACUUUUUAGUUUGAUUCAUUUCUAAUACCACAAUAAAUAUAAAUAUUGUAAUACA